AUGAGUUCCGAAAAUUCUUCCUGGACCCCACAGACAGUGCUGUCGACCCUCCCCGACGCACCAGAGGAGAACUCUACCUCGCCCAUUCCCUUCUUCCACCUUAUUGAGCGUCUCAAGACUACCAAGCGUGAGGGAUGGCGCCGAUUUGGCAUUGAGGGUGAAUCCAUCUCCGACCACAUGUAUCGCAUGUCGAUCAUGACGAUGCUUGCCCCGCCAGAGCUCGCCGCCAAACUCAACAUUCCACACUGCACCAAGAUGGCUCUGAUCCACGAUAUGGCCGAGUCACUGGUUGGCGAUAUUACCCCCGUCGAUGAAAACGUGACGAAGCCCGAGAAAGCUCGCCGCGAGGCAUCCACCAUGGACUACAUCACCAAGACUCUCCUCGGCAAUGUACCCGGAGCAGCAUUACCUGCUGAAGAGAUCAAGCGCGUUUUCCAGGAAUACGAGGACAACGUUACUUUAGAGGCCCAGUUUGUCCACGAUAUCGAUAAGAUGGAACUGUUACUCCAGAUGGUGGAGUACGAGCGGGCUUAUAAGGUUGACCUUACUGAAUUCGAGCAGGUCUCCUCCCGCGUUCAGCUUCCUGAGAUUAAGGUCUGGGCUGCACAGGUGGUGAAGGAGCGCCCGAAGUACCAGAACACUGCCUAG